GCUUUGGCGCAUUUUCGGCUGGUUUGAUUCAUCCAUUUUGAAGAGACGGGGGAGCGGGGGGCUCGUCUGAUUACGGGGCCCUGGACCUAGGAGCGACAGAGUUUGAGAAGCCAGCAGCUCGGGGUUCGGCGGCAGCGGCCCCCUCGGCCGAAGUUGGGGGGGGUGGGGCGCCGAGCGCGCGGGGUGGGGGGGGUCCUGGUCUUUGGCUUCUCAACUCGGUCCUGUUUCGACAGCGAACAUGUCUCGGCCUGUCAGAAAUAGGAAGGUCGUCGAUUAUUCACAGUUUCAGGAAUCUGAUGAUGCUGAUGAAGAUUAUGGAAGAGAUUCAGGCCCUCCAGCUAAGAAAAUUCGAUCAUCUCCCCGAGAAGCUAAAAAUAAGAGGCGAUCUGGAAAGAAUUCACAGGAAGAUAGUGAGGACUCAGAAGAAAAAGAUGUGAAGACCAAGAAAGAUGAUUCUCAUUCAGCAGAGGACAGUGAAGAUGAAAAAGAAGAUCAUAAAAAUGUGCGCCAACAACGGCAGGCAGCCUCUAAAGCGGCUUCUAAACAGAGAGAGAUGCUCAUGGAGGACGUGGGCAGCGAGGAGGAGCAGGAGGAGGAGGACGAGGCGCCAUUCCAGGAGAAAGAUUCCGGCAGCGAUGAAGAUUUUCUAAUGGAAGAUGACGAUGAUAGUGAUUAUGGCAGUUCAAAAAAGAAAAACAAAAAGAUGGUUAAGAAGUCCAAACCUGAGAGAAAAGAAAAGAAAAUGCCCAAACCCAGGCUAAAGGCUACAGUGACGCCAAGUCCUGUGAAAGGCAAAGGGAGAGUGGGCCGCCCCACAGCUUCAAAGGCCUCAAAGGAAAAGACUCCUUCUCCCAAAGAAGAAGACGAGGAACCGGAAAGCCCUCCAGAAAAGAAAACAUGUGCAAGCCCUCCACCUGAGAAGUCGGGGGAUGAAGGGUCUGAAGAUGAAGCCCCAUCUGGGGAGGAUUAAAAGUGAUGGUGGUUUAGGGAGAGAUUUUAUUAAAAAAAAGAGGGGGAAAAAGGAAAAAAAAGAAAACCUACUUAAGAUAGAACAUGGUUUUGGCUAUGGCUUGACUCAUGGGCUUUCAGUGCUUUUUUUCCUUUUGUUAAAAGUAACAUUUUCUCUUUUUUUUUUUUUUUUUUUUAAGGAAACCAUUGUAUGUUUAAUUUACCUUUUUGUCUAUUGGUCUGCUCUUUGCCACCACCCUCUCUUCCCCCUCCCUUUUUCCAUGUCAAAUUAAUCACUGGAUUGACUGCUUCAUCUUUUUAUUUUUGAUGGAAGGUAUACAUACCACAGUUGUAAAACAAUAAGAUUUGAGAUGAACACUAUGGAAAUGUUGCUUUUUCCUAAAUGGCAGCAAGUUGAGCAGUAAUCAAAAACAUAGAAGCGUUUUAGUUAAAAAUGAUUGCUUCUUUCUCUACUUGGACUUUUUAAAAAACAUGAAUUGUCAUCUAAUACAAGUUUAUAUAUCUAUAUACGCAAGUAUAGAUGUCUAAAAAAAUCAUGACUACCACUGAUGGGGCAGGUAGGAAAAGGAGAUGAAUUCUGAAUUGUUACUAAAAGUAUCCAUAUUUUUUACCUUGGGGGCACAUGAGGGAAUGGGGUUACCUGAUCUUGUUUGGGGGGGGGGGAUUGUUUUUUCCCCCCAUCACUUGUUAUCUAAGAGACUCAGAGCCAGUGAUCCCUUUAUCCUGCUACAGUCUUUAAGGAACUUAAAAAAGAAAAAAAAACAAGGGCCGCCAAAACGUAAAUCACUCUUGAUUUCCUAUUUCAUUCUCUAAUGAUUCAUGUUUUAAAAUAUAUAUGUAUCUAUUGUUUCUUGAAUAGAAUUUUACCAAGGGUCAAAAAAAUAACCUGAGGAUUUAAAUGGCAAGAACUAUACAUCACAGUGGAUUUCUUCUCAAACUGACAAUGUUUAGGUUUUAAGCAAAUAAAGUACCAGUUAAUGUGAAACUCAUUCACAAAAGACUUGAGAUUUUUCCUUUAUGAAAACAAUUGAAAUUCUUUUAUGCCAUAAAAUGUGCAUUAAGAUCUCAUGAACCAUGCUGAGUUUUUAUUUGGGAUUAGAACAUUUUCCUAUUCAUACACCUAUCUGCCCAUUUCUUCAUAGAAGUGUGGGAUGAAGUGCAUCUGGGCUUCCUGCUGCUGAGUAGGACCCCUUUGCACGCCCCCUCUGGCGCCUCCCAGUCCAGCUACAGGACACGCCUUCUCCUGGCUCUGUCUCCACUACUUCACAGCCUAUGCUGAAUGCUGCUUCCACACGAUUCUGUUUGCUUUUGUCUUUUUACUGGUGCCCCAGCUUACUGCUCAUGUUGCUUAAAGCGGGAGUUUAAGGGGCCCAGCAGGACUAGAGAACGGCAUGCAUUCAGGAAGUCGAUGUGCAGUUGAUAACAGACUACAUGCCCUAUGAAAGCAGUCGGGUUAGAUCUGUAAGUUGGAGCCUCCACAUUCUGUUACCAUGAGCUUCUGGGAGCAAAGGUUAGGCGCCUUCGUGCGCUAAGAAGUUGAAAAAUUAGUUUAACCUGUCUUUAUCUAGACUUGCUUCCUCAAUAUUAUAUGUGUGUGGUUUACUUUCUUUAAUUACAGCAUUUUUUUUUCAGACAACAUGGCUUUCUUGCAGAUGUUCCUAGAACAAAAAGUUAUUUAAGGAAUAUUUUUACUCUGAUUUUUAAGACACUUUAAGGAAUAUUCUUACUCUGUUAUUUUAAAAAAGAAAAAAACACACCCAGUGGCAGAGUCAUUUCACUGUUGCACUAUGUGUUAAAGAAUGAAUUUGAAGAUUAUAGUACUUGGCCAAAAAUGGAAAGCUUGAACAUAAGUAGCAGUUGGAUUGUUAACUUUCAUGAUGGUUAACUUUAUCAUCGUUGUGAACUUGGUAUGAGGGUUUUAAAGAUUAUUCUGUUUGCUUUAGUGGGUUUGUUCAGGUGUCCAAUUUUAACAAGGUUUCUGUUCAUCUAGUAAGAGACCUAUCAGUGUUUCCACCAUGCACUUCUAUUUUUAGGGGUUUAUAACUUAAGUCUUACAUUCCUAGUAACAUUUGGGCUUUUCUUAGAUUAAGUUUUGUGAAUAUUGCUGGGAAGGGGUCUUUUAAAACUUUAGCUUCAGUACUUGAUGUAACAGCCUCUUUAAUAUAUUAAUCUGCACUAACAACUCUGAUACACGCACAUGCUUGAGACGUCAUCCUGUCUUCUAGAUUACUUGUGUGCAUUUGGUUGGGCUUUUUGUUUGGGAUCCCGUUUUAAAAAAUUAACUCAUGAGAUUGAAAAACGUGUUAUAUUUUUCUAAUAGACUGGACGAAAGGAUCUAUGUCCCCAAGUGAGACAGGCUCUGAAUGACCUUGGUUUUCUCCACUUUGUAUUGACGAUUUAAAACACUCUGGUCUUCCCCUCAAAUCAUGCAUGCAAAUAGGGCAGCUGUGGUGUCUCAACUGGAAACGGGUGCUCAAUAGUCAGGCUUGAUAAUGAUGUCAGGACGGGUUACAAGCUGUUUAAACCGAUAGUGGCUGGCAUUGGCACCACCCUUGACAACUCCCUUUCUCUAGUGUGCCUAUGGUGAAAUGGCAGUAGCGUUCCCUGUCUUGUUUUGCAGUGCUCAGGAGGUGGGACAUGAACUUUGAAGGCUCUUGUUUGUGUUGCCUGAAUUCUCUCUUAGGCUUCCCUCUAGAACAUGGAUUUCAGCAGCUAUGCUGACUGACACUACAUUCUAGUUCUUAAGAUUUUUUUCUUUUUCUAGACUUCCCAACACACACAACUAGACAUGGGUAGCUUAUAUCUUAUUAAAUCUACCUGUAACUUGCUGCUGCUUUUAGCCCUCCCCACUGCAGAUUGGGAUAAAUGGAGUGGGCCCAAAGGAUACGUUUUAAUUUCAAUAAUGGUAGAUUGGUCCUUUCUAAAAACGUCUCUCGCUUUCAUCUCUCCACUCGCUACUGAGUCCAUAAAGGAAAAUUAAUGGGUGUGUCCUCCUUUAUGGAGAUGAGUGGACUUCUUUUAAUUUGGAAAAAUAGUUGAUUUCCCAUAAAGGAGCUUUGGUACUGGUGUUUCUUUCACGAUAACUGGUUUGCCCCAGGUUCAAUCUUCAAUACUUAUUCUUGGUACUGGUUCAAAUAGCAUUUUCUUAUAAGUUAACUAAUCAAGAGUAGAAUUUGAAGUUACAAUCCAGCAAAAUUUUUGCCGCUCUUAGGGAUAUAGUCUGCUAAACUGAAAUUGAUACUUUUUUUAAGAAAAUAUAUUUUAUCCAUGACCAAGUAACAAGUAGAUUUUAGAGGACUGGUUGGGGAAAGGGGACUGUGCUUUUCUUUAAACAAACCAGUUUAGGAGAUGCCUUGAGAGUGGUCGAAAGGCAAGCGCAGAAGUUAAUGCCUGUAGCAACGGGGAAAGCUUUAUGAAAGCUCAGGUGGCCAUUGUCGAAGUGCAAAAGGGCAUGUCUGCAUCACCAGCAAGCUGCACUGAGAAGCAGAAACUUAUCCCAGGGGGGAAAGGAAGAAACCUGGGCGCUGGUCUUGCCCUCAUUCUGACUUAGAUACUUAAAUAGAACCAGUAAUACACAUUUCCUGCCACGGGACUGGAAAACUGACGAGCUGGUUGCUCUUCAGGUUAAAAAAUUGUCCUUUUCUCUGGGAUUGGAGCUGGAUUAUUUGGAAAGGGAAUUAGUUUAUUGUUUAAAUAUUGGGACAUCAGACUAGCCAAGUUUCAAUCUGCAACCCAUUUUCCCUUUGUCUUGGGAUAAACUUGAUGCAGAGUGACUCUGAAUCCCAAGUCCCUAAGUUACACCUCUUUUUCAAAGCCUAAUUCACAAAAUUCACGGUGCUGACUGUGUAUUAACCACUAUUGGGAAAAGUCCCAUAAACCUGCCUGUUGCCAUGCCAAUGGAGUGACUGAACUGGUGACAUCUGUUUGAGCAUGCUUUGUGUGGCUGGUGGAAUGCCACCAUUGUGCAUACACUUUGUACAUCAGGGUUGAAGGGAGGGUUUUCUAGAUUUACUGGGGGAGGGUAAAAUUGGGAUUUUUUUUUUUUCCUUUUUCAAUGGGGUGUAGGGGUAUAGUACUCAGCUUAUGCCCUAAAUAACAUGUAUAAAAACCCCUGAAGUAUUGUGUGGGUGUGUGUGUGUGAGAGUGUGUGUAUAUGUCUGGCAAACCUUUGUCUUCUGGAAAUUAGUGAAUUCUUUUUUUUCCUCCAGAAGUAUUUGUUACAAGAUUUGUAAAUAAGAGCUCUACUUAGUUUGUUUACCAUGAACAUGUUGCAGCAAACCUUAUACACCUAGUUCCUGGAUUUAAGGAGAGACUUGCCAGGUUAAGCAGCAGCCACGUUCUCAGUAAUUGCUUGCCUCGAUUCAUCUUUCAGACUUCAUUUUGACAGCACUAAAAUUCCCAGUCUUCCUUAAUUUUAGUCCUUAAUCUUUUAUGUUCUGAGCAGGAAGUGUAAAAGAGGAACCUGUUUAAAUGUAUUUAAUUAUAAGUCCAUGGGCUGAGACCAGGGCAUCCUUUGCUUAAUACUGCAAUGUUGCUAAGAUAUAUGUGAUCAGACAGCAGAGGGUUGGGCAUUCCUGCAAUACCUUUACAGUGCUGAGAUCUGCAGCAUGGUACUAAGGAAGUUCAAGUUCGAAUGUAACCACUUUAUUUAAAAAGUUUUAAUUUAAAUGAAAUGGGAUCGAAGUGAACAUGAUUUUGUUGACCAUGUUCGUGAAUUAUAGAUGCAACAUGCAUUGGUAGACUUGUGUGAUGGUCUUUUGUGAUACUUAAUUUUUACACAUCCCAGUCUGUAUGUAUCUGCAUAGACAAAGAAAAAAACAAACUCCUGCUUUCUUUUAUUGAAGGGUUUCCAGGACUGCGUGUCUGCUCCUGAGCUCUGUUUUAAGUAUGUGUAUCCUUUGCUUGUAUUUUGUAUUAAAAAAUAAGAAAAAGAACCCUUUAUUGUUGAGCAUGUUGGCAUUGUCCCCUUUAUUUUUUUCUCUUUUUGGGACAUAUGAAGCAAGUUAUUCUUUUUCUGUAUCUUUUUUUCUUUUGUAAACUUUUUUGUUUUGUUUUGUUUAAAAACGGCUUUAUAAAAGGGCUUUUAUAACCCAGAUGUGUGCUCUGUGUACUUCUUGUAAUACUCCCAAGCAAAUACACUGACCUAUAGAGCUGACCACCUUGGCUUGUCAGCUCCCAGUCCAGCCUGACUUUGUGGUGGGGAUUGGAGGAGGCCACUGUUUCCUGAAUGAAUUCUUUAGAAGCUGACAGUGACCAUCACUCUCUUUGGUAACAAGAAAAGCAUGUCUUGUCUCAAAAAUCAAAAAGAGUAAUUAGCUAAUACUUCAGAGUAUGUAUUCAAGAGGCAAUAGAUUCACUAACAAUUUGUCAAGGCAUGAGGAUUCCUAGUUAGCAUGUUUCUUCAUGUUUACAUCCAAGGUUAUGAAGUGUGGAGGGCAAAAUUCAACAAUCAUAAUAAAGGAUAAUGUGUAUACUCACAAAACACAUUUGCAUUCAAUUUCAAAUACCCAUAACUACACUGUUGCAAUUUUAGAAUUAAAUAUUCUUAAGUGGUCAAAAUGCUACAAGAUCCUUCUUUAGAAUUGGGCUGAUAAUGUAGCUUAGGGCUUUUUUUCAAUCUGCCCCUUGUUUAUGUUCUUGCCUUGUCAUGCAAAUAUUUAGUUAAUGUGUAAACUCAA